UGUGGUCACCUGACUUCUUGUGUUUCUGGUAAAGAAACAUGGCUGCACACCUAUCGUACGGCAGGGUUAAUUUAAACAUUUUGAGAGAAGCAGCACGGAAAGAGCUUCGUGAGUUUCUGGACAAAUGUGCGGGGAGCAAGGCCAUAGUUUGGGAUGAAUAUCUGACAGGACCAUUUGGACUGAUAGCCCAGUACUCUCUACUGAAGGAACAUGAAGUUGAAAAGAUGUUCACCCUCAAGGGUGGCAGGCUGCCCGCUGCUGAUGUCAAAAACAUUAUCUUCUUUGUUCGCCCCAGACUUGAGCUCAUGGACAUCAUUGCUGAAAAUGUGUUCAGUGAGGACAAGAUGCACUCUGCAAGAGACUUCCACAUCUUGUUUGUGCCUCGACGGAGCAUGCUGUGUGAACAAAGGCUUAAGGAACAGGGAGUGUUAGCCUCUUUCAUUAACAUUGACGAGUACAUCCUGGACCUGAUUCCCUAUGAUGGUGACCUGCUCUCCAUGGAGUAUGAAAGUGCUUUCAGGGAGUGCUAUUUGGAAAACGACCAAACAAGCCUUUACCACACAGCCAAAGGCCUCAUGACUUUACAGGCAUUGUACGGCACCAUCCCACAGAUCUGUGGGAAAGGAGAAUGUGCUCGGCAUGUUGCCAACAUGAUGCUGCGGAUGAAGAGAGAGUUUGCUGGCAUUCAGAAUCAGAUCCUUCCUGUGUUUGAUACUCUCCUACUCCUGGACCGUAAUGUCGACCUGCUCACACCCCUGGCAACACAGCUCACCUAUGAGGGUCUCAUUGAUGAGAUCUAUGGAAUCACUAAUGGUUACGUUAAGUUGCCUCCUGAAAAGUUUGCACAGAAGAAGCAGGGUGAGGCGAGCAAAGAUUUACCAACAGAGCCCAAGAAGUUACAGCUCAACUCAGCAGAGGAGCUGUAUGCAGAGAUACGGGACAAAAACUUCAAUGCUGUUGGUGCAGCGCUCAGCAAGAAGGCCAAAAUAAUAUCUGCUGCUUUUGAGGAGCGCCAUAAUGCCAAGACGGUUGGAGAAAUAAAACAGUUUGUGUCUCAGCUGCCUCACAUGCAAGCAGCACGAAGUUCACUAGCCAACCACACGUCAAUAGCAGAGCUGAUCAAGGACAUAACAACAUCUGAGGCUUUCUUUGAUAACCUUACAGUGGAGCAGGAGUUUAUGACCGGAGUUGACACAGACAAGGUGAACACGUAUAUAGAGGACUCCAUUGCCCAGAAAGAUCCACUAAUCAAGAUUUUGCGACUGGUGUGUAUGCAGUCAGUCUGCAACAACGGCCUCAAGCAGAAAGUGUUAGAUUACUACAAGAGGGAGAUUCUCCAGACGUAUGGUUAUGAACACAUUCUUACAUUGAACAACCUUGAGAAGGUGGGUCUUCUGAAGCCACAGACGAGCUCAAGAAACAACUACCCCACUAUCAGAAAGACACUUAAACUGUGGAUGGAGGACGCCAAUGAACAGAACCCCAACGACAUCUCCUACGUGUACAGCGGCUAUGCUCCUCUGAGCAUCAGACUGACCCAGGUCUUGGCCCGACCUGGCUGGCGCAGCAUCGAGGAGGUGUUGAAGAUGCUUCCUGGCCCUCACUUUGAGGAGAGACAGCAGCUUCCUGCUGGGCUUCAUAAGAAACGUCAGCAGGGGGAGAAUCGGACGACUCUGGUGUUCUUCCUCGGUGGCGUCACAUAUGCAGAAAUAGCUGCUCUUCGCUUUCUCUCUCAAAUGGAAGACAGUGGGAUGGAAUACAUUAUAGCCACCACAAAACUCAUAAAUGGCACGACUUGGAUCAAAUCUCUCAUGGACCGACCUGAAUCUCAGACACCCUGAGUCACCUGCACGCACACCUGGAUACAUCAAACAUCCCAUCAGAGAAGCUCAGCUGCUGUUUCAUGUCUGUAUCUGUGUGCUGCAGGUGUUUCAUUGAUGUUUGUGCAGGUUAAGCAACAUCAGGCUCUUUAAAGGUGAUCAGUGGAGUUUCUCUGUAAGCAAAGUGAUGUUUAUAUUUAUUGUUUUCAUCCUAAAGCAUUCUGUCUCAACUCUCGAGUAUUACAUAAAGAAAGACUUCAUUUUCUUGGCAAGCUAUUUUUUCUGUAUGCUGUGAAUAUUUCAUUUAUAUAUCCAUGUUUUAGUAAUGUCCAUGAUGUUAAUUUACUGUGUUUCUUUUAAUAGUAUCACUGUUGGCAUCAUACUAUUCACAAUGGUUAUAAAAUGCCUGUCCUUUCUGACAUCAUGAUCAAGGCAGAAAGCUUAAACACUGCUUUAAUGAUACAUAACUGAGUUUAAGGUUGAACUUUAAAAAACAUAAUAAUUCUGACUGAUAGUUGCAAUUUUACUCACCUCUACACACAUCAACAAAGACAAUGGCAGAGACCAUCUUGAGGGUUGUUUGGCCAUAUUUUAAGUUAAAACAUAUUUCAUAACCCUAUGAGCUUUUGUGAGGAAAUGCUAAAUUAGCAUUCAGCUUCCCUACAGCUAACAUUAUUUGCUAGAAAUUUCUCCCCACUGUAUUUGUUGUCCAUUUUAGAGAAAGUUCAUGGCGCUGUCUUAAAAAUUAUAAAGCCUUUUCUGAUGGUUUGAUAUCCAAA